AUGAUCAUCCGACAACAAAUAGAAAUUUUAUUCUUCUUCAUAUUUAUUACUAUAACAUAUGAAGCAAAAUCUGAAAUUGAUUAUUAUCGAUAUUUACAACAAUUUGGUUAUACACCAAAAGUUGAAGGUCGAAGACUUUUUUCUGUAGUAGCUAAACCAUCCUAUACAGAUGGAAUUCGUAAAUUUCAACGUCUCUAUAAAUUACCGGAAACGGGAGAAUUCGAUAAGAAAACAAUGAAUUUUAUGCAAAGACCACGAUGUGGAAAUCCUGAUCUUGGUACUUAUGAAUCUGUUAGACAUCCAAUAAAUAUUGAUGCACCUCAAGCUUUAUCUACGAAUGUUCAAGGACGAUCAGGAAAAGAGACUACAUCUGUUUGGCCAAAAAAACAUUUAAAAUGGUUUAUUGAAUAUUAUCCUGAACUACAAAAACUUAUUCGAUCAAAUGAUCAAAUACGUCGUAUAUUCAAUCAAUCAUUUUAUGAUUGGGAAAAGUAUUCUGAUCUUAAAUUUGAAAUGGCUAAAAAUAAAUAUGAAGCUGAUUUUCAUAUAGGAUUUCAUUCAGGAAAUCAUAGUGAUGGUUAUCCAUUUGAUGGACCAGAUCAAACAUUAGCACAUGCUUUUUAUCCAACAAGUGGUGAGAUACAUUUUGAUGAUGAUGAAAAAUUUACAGAUAAUUAUCAUAAUGAAAAUGAAAAUUAUAUAUUAAGAUCUGUUGCUACACAUGAAAUAGGACAUGCACUUGGUUUAUCACAUUCAUUCGAUGAAGAUUCAGUUAUGUAUCCUGUUUAUAAAGAAAUUAAUUCAACUUUUCAUUUAUCAACUAGUGAUCAACAAGAUAUACAACUUUUAUAUGGAAAACCAGAAAUAAAACCUACAAUUGAACAAUCAAGAACAACUCUAUCACCAUCAGUAACAUCAAGAUAUUCGUAUGAUAUAAUACCAACUGAUAACUGGUGUUCUGGAGAAUUUCAGACGGGUUGUGAAGGUCCCGAUGGUGAACUUUAUCUAUUUAAAGAUAAUCAAGUAUGGAGAUAUCAAGCUAAAAGAAAACGUUCAUGGGAUCCACAACCAACAUUAAUUAGCGAACGUUUUCCACCACUUUCCGAUAUUACUAUAACAGCUUGUGUUAAAUCAUCACUUGGUUAUACAUAUUUAUUUCGUAAUUAUCGUAUGUGGAAAUUAAAAACACAUUGGUCUGCUGAUGGACCACAUAUAUUACAUGGUAGACAUUAUCCGCAAAGUCCACGUAUAGCUUUACUACAUCAAGAUUCAAUUUAUUUAGUCCGUAAUCGUUUUGUAUAUCGUUUGAAUGAAUUUGAUUAUGAUAGUGAAUUAGAAAUUCGUAAUAUUAAUACAAUACUUAAUCCACCACCAGAUGAAUUUAUACGAUCUGGUUUUACAUAUGCUAAACAUCAUUAUAUAUUUACAAAAAAAUAUGUUUAUGUUUAUGAUGCAAUGUAUGGAAAUUUACUACGAGAUUACCCAAAAUCUAUAACCAAUGGUUGGUUUGCAUGUGAAGCAGCAACACAAACAUCAAAUUGGAAAAAGAAAUUAACAUCAACAAUACGACCAUUACCAACAAAAUCAUUUCAAAAACAUCAUCAUGAUCAUGACGAUGAAGACGAUCACCAUUUUGAUCAUCAUCAUCACCAUCAUCAUCAUCAUCGACCACGACGACCGUGGUCUCAUCGUCAGCAUCAUCCUCCUCCUCCUAAUGAAUAUCGUCGUCGUUGGGAAGAUUAA